AUGUCGAGCUACGAAGCUACUUCCCCUUUUCGGGUCUCGACCCACGAUCUCCUCCAGUUGGAACGUAAUGAGGCCUUUCGCGCCAUGCGGGAGCAACUACGCCGCCAAGAUUGCGGUAUGGAAGGACCCAGCUUCUGCGCUACCCACCGCCACUCGUGCAGCUCCGCCGAUCAAGAGUCCUUCCGCCUCCAUCGCGACAUCAUUCACACCCUCCUGGUUCCCCUCUUCCUGAUUAACCACCAAGCCGAGCGAGUCGCUGCCCGCGCACUCCCCAACAAGAAGGGCGCCGAGCCCGAGCGUGCGUUCAGGGGCGAAGCCCGCAGUGCCUUUGCCUGGCUCUCAUGUAUCCUGAUUGAAGAGCACGAUUGGUACCUGACCGCGCGGUGCCCGGCCUGUAUCGUCCUGCAUGUCCUCCACUCCGAACCCACUAUCCGUUUCGUCACCGUCGCGGCCCUGCUAGCCGGCCCCCGCUCCGGCUUCGACUGUUGGCUGGCCGCUCUGGAGACCGCCGUGCGCGAGGAUCCAUUCUGGGGCGACGCAUUCUGGCCCGAAAUCGAGGACCGCGCUGCCCGUCUGGCCGACGGUGUCCAGCAGCUGGUCCGUCAGUGUCACGAGCUCCGCACCACACUGGAUAGCCCGACCCUCGCGACUCCCACACUCGCCAAGACUUCUACCACCGUCUGCGAACGUUCCGCGUCGACUUGCACAAUCCCCUUGAAACCCUCCAGUUUCGCUCGGAAACAAGUUCGUCUCAGCCGUGAGGAGCAGCGUUAUCGGUCGUCGCUGGUCUGGAACUCGUGGAACUGCUCUCGGGAAAUGCGUCAGCCACUGGGUGGCAGCACCCCGAAUCAGCCUCGCCGCCGUUCUAUGACUUCAUGA